AUGACCACCGUAGAUGUGGCUGGAGACGGCGUGGCUUUGCUCUACUGCGCUAUCGUCUUGUUAGUACUCUCCUGGAUUUGCUUCAGCAUGCGUGUUGGCGUCCGCAUCUGGAGGAAGGCUUGGGGCAUGGAUGAUUAUCUGAUGCUUCUUGGAAUUAUUCUCUUCUCCGUUACAGCUGCGCUGUGUAUCGUUUGCUGCUACUAUGGAUCCGGUCAGCUUGCAAAGGACCUACCCCAGCUAACAAUCAUGAAAGGAGUCAAGCUGUUCUACAUUGCAGAAUACUUCUAUGCAGUCGGCGCCAUGUUCAUCAAGAUCAGUGUUGCAGUGGCGCUCCUCCGUAUCGCUGCCAACCGCAAGGCAUUCCGAUGGGGUCUUUGGGCUCUCAUUGGAGCCACUGUUGUUGCUGCAGCUGUCUUCUGCAUCGGCAUCGCCAACAUCUGCCACCCGAUCAACACCCUGUGGGGCGAGUCCAAGGGCACUUGCAACUUACAGCUCAAUACCAAUGUUAGUCUCUUCUACUCCGCCAUCGAAAUUGCGGCAGACUUUAGUCUAUCGCUUCUGCCUGCUGUUCUACUUUGGAACGUCCAGAUGAAGACGCGCGUCAAGAGCUCCGUCGCCGUUAUGCUGGGCCUCGCUUCCUUUGCCUCCUGUGCCACCAUUGUCCGCCUCAAAUACCUCACACUCUACAGCGACCCAGGCGAAUUCAUGUUUGGCACCGGCAAGAUCGGUUUCUGGUCACUGACCGAGGAAGGCAUUGGCAUCAUCGCCGGCUCCCUCCCCGCCCUGCGUCCCCUCCUCUCCCUCCGCAUACGCGUCACUGUAGGCUCCAAGGAAGGUCAAUCGGCAGAGAGACAAUACCCAUCCAUCAGUGCCAAUAGGCAGCCGUCAGGCCGCCCACGCGGCAUACCCAUGGACACCUUCCAGACGCUUGGCGAUCACGACGACGUAGAGGGCAGCGAUGGCGACAGCCAAAAGAACAUUAUGAAGGAAACAAAGUACGUUGUGACCUCGACUCCCGCUCUGGGACAAAACGUGAAGGAGUCAAGCUUCGUUUGA